GGCGUCUGAUUUCAAACCGUUAUGUAGAAGCUGUGUCGCCAAGGCCAGAGAGUACUGAUUCCCCAAGGCCAGUCGUUAACAAGUUGAAAGACUAGCACGCUAAGAGAUGGCUCCCCAUGAUCUCCGCCGUCCAUUCAAGCGGGCAGCCAUCUCCGAUCAGCAGAGGCGCAGGGAGCUAUCCUUGCUCCGCCAAUCACAGAAUCGUCGCGACGCUCAACAGCAAGCUCGCUGUUUGGCCUCUUCUAUCCUCUCUCUCAACUCCCAGAACCCCGAGGCCGAAAUCGAACAAAAUGACGGCGAAUUUGAAACGUCAUCCGAAACCGAUCGUGAAUCCGUAACUCCGUCCAAGGACCUCGAUGUCAGGCAAGCUUCGAAGCUCAAAGGAGCAGAAGCUCGGAAGUGGUUCGCGAGGCAGUUGAUGGUACCAGAGUGGAUGAUUGAUGUCCCCAAUAGUUUGAGCCAGGACUGGUAUGUGUUUGCAAGGCCAGCAGGGAAACGAUGCUUUGUAGUUUCAUCUAAUGGAACGACAGUAAGCAGACAACGAAAUGGCUCCAUUUUGCAUCAUUUCCCAUCUGCUCUACCUGCAGGCGCUAGGACCAGAAAUGCCUCUGGCACUGGUCAAUCAUACUGUAUUCUGGACUGUAUUUUUCAUGAGGCGGACCAGACUUACUAUGUGAUUGAUAUGGUUUGCUGGAAUGGAUACUCUCUCUAUGAUUGCACUUCUGAGUUUAGGUUCUAUUGGUUAAACUCAAAGCUUGAAGAAAGUGGAGCUUGCAGUCCUCCUUCACAUUAUCAUAGAUUUAGAUUCUGUCCUAUACCUGUGUACCCUUGUGACCAGAAUGGUCUGUGGACAGCAUAUACAGGAGAGAUGCCUUAUGUUAAGGAUGGCCUUUUGUUUUAUAACAAGCAUGCACACUAUCAAACUGGGAAUACACCUCUGGUAUUAGUCUGGAAGGAUGAGAACUGUAGUCAAUAUGUUAUUGACACAGAUAGUCAAGGACAGAUUCCAAGCCAGCAGCAGGUGGUUUUGGAGCUGCAAAAUGAUGGGAAAUUGGCUACAUCAGAUGAUCCUCCUGUAGUAUUUGGCUGCUUAGAUAGGGACUUCAUAGAAAAGACGGGAUUGCAUCCAGGGAUUCUUUUGCGUUUUGCUGUUAGUGAUGGAGGAUUGAGUUUUGUGGAUGGGAAGCUUGAGAAUGCUGAUUUGAAUUAUCUUGGCAAGGCCAAUCGAGCACGGGCAUUUGCAGACAGUUACUCCAAGGUUUUGUUUCAGUAUACAGUUCGGCAUUCUCCUUUGAAAAUAGAUGAGCUACUAGCAGCUAUUAACUCAUCAAAGGAUCAAGAAGACAAACCUCGUGAUGUGGAGAUGGCUGGUUGACGGUAUCCUCAAUGGUGUUGAGGCUCUUGUUUUUGCUGUAUUGUACCUACCAGACCUAGCAAUGAUCAAUUCUGGCAUGUAGCUCUCAUGAUUGCUUGCUUGCAAUGAAGUUGGUCGUGAUCUAGAUUUGGACGACUGGCAUGCAUAAGAUACAAGUUUCUGACUUGUUGAGCAGAGUUUUUGGCAUGGAUCUAGAUGCGGUUUCUGUAUUUCUUAACAUACCAUGUCUAGACAUUAUAUGACUGAGAAGUUUGUUAAUGAUUGUAUAGAUUAGUUUUGCGGCUUUUGCUUGUUUGUAACUUUUGUUGUUAUCACUAUUUGAUUAUAUUUAUGUCCUUGGUUUGUGAUAAGUGAUUAAAUUGUUUAGUUGGUC